UAAGAAGCCAUGAGCGAAGUUCGACAUUCAGUCUCGAAUUGUCACAACAGUCGAGUGUACUUCAAGUCUACGAAGCAAGUCCGAAGAUGCCACCGAAAGCUAGCGGAAAAGCUGUGAAGAAAGCUGGUAAAGCUCAGAAAAAUAUCAGCAAGUCUGAUAAGAAGAAGAAGAGGAGGAGGAAGGAAAGCUAUGCUAUCUACAUCUAUAAAGUGUUGAAGCAGGUCCAUCCUGAUACUGGUAUUUCCAGUAAAGCCAUGAGCAUCAUGAACAGUUUUGUAAAUGAUGUUUUUGAGCGUAUCGCUGCCGAAGCUUCACGCUUGGCUCAUUACAACAAGAGAUCUACGAUCACGUCUCGGGAAAUUCAAACUGCUGUCAGGCUUUUGUUACCUGGAGAAUUGGCUAAGCACGCCGUUUCUGAAGGAACUAAAGCUGUCACUAAGUAUACCAGCUCAAAGUAAGCGGUGCAGCGCCCUGUAACAACAUGAUCAUCGGCCCUUUUCAGGGCCAACAA